AAUGAUCAGUUGAUUAUUCACUAGCUAGAUCUGCCCCAGUACUAAUGUAUAAAACAGCAGUCAGAUGUGCCUGGCUCAAUUUGCUCACUUAACCCUUUAAAAACACUCAAAAAAUGCCUACCAAACAGCUGACAAAUUUUCAUGCUUUGUAUUGCUCAAUGAAGGGCCUGAAUUAGAACUUAAAGACGGCGAAGAAGGCAGUGUUCUAUGUGAUGGGUUCCCUGAUUAAUCUUGUGGGUUUGGGAAUCUUGGUUUAUUGGAUGUUUGUGAGCAGGUCAGUCCUUGCAGCUUCACUGAAAGCAGGACAAUCCAGGAGAGUAAUUUCAGGAUCUGUUUUUGUCAAUGGCACAUCUGCUAUAGGUACAACAGAUGAAAAUUUCAUCUGUGCUACUUUGGAUUGGUGGCCUCCUGAUAAAUGUGACUUUGGAACUUGCAGCUGGGGCAAAGCUUCUCUUCUUAACCUUGAUCUUAAAAACCCGAUUUUGUUAAACGCUGUCAAAGCCUUUUCGCCAUUGAAGAUCAGACUAGGAGGAACUUUACAGGAUAGAGUCAUAUAUGAGACAGAGGGUGAUGGAAAAUCCUGUACAUCAUUUGUUAUAGACAGUUCUCAGUUGUUGGGAUUUUCCCAAGGUUGCUUACCCAUGUCAAGAUGGGAUGAACUCAAUGUUUUCUUCAGAAAAGCAGGGGCUCUUGUUGUUUUUGGAUUAAAUGCACUCAAUGGAAGGACUGUAGGUCCUGACGGAAAUGCAGUAGGAGCUUGGAAUUCCAGCAAUGCUGAAUCCCUCCUAAGAUACACUGUCAAUAAUGGCUACAAAAUUCAUGGCUGGGAACUAGGUAAUGAACUGUGUGGCAGCUCCAGCAUUGGAGCUUUCGUUGCACCAGAUCAAUAUGCUUCAGAUGUAGGGACUCUUCAUAACCUUGUGCAGACUAUAUAUAAAGGGUUUGAGGUUAAGCCCCUGGUAAUAGCGCCAGGAGGAUUCCUUGAGAUAAACUGGUUCACGGAAUUUUUAAAGAAAGCACCCAAUUCUCUUCAAGCAGUCACUCAGCAUAUUUACAACCUUGGGGGAGCUGACAAUAAUAACCUCACCGGAGAGAUUCUUGAUCCAAAUUACCUUCAGGGUGGAUCCUAUAGUUUUAGUAACCUUCAACAAAUUUUGAAGAAUUCUGGGAGUUCAGCAGUUGCAUGGGUUGGGGAAGCUGGAGGGGCUUAUAGAAGUGGCCGGAACCUUGUGUCCAAUGCAUUUGUAGACAGUUUCUGGUACUUGGACCAACUUGGAAUGGCAGCUUCCUAUGAUACUAAAACAUACUGUAGACAGACAUUGAUAGGUGGAAAUUAUGGUCUUCUAAACAUUGCAACCUUCGUUCCCAAUCCAGACUACUACAGUGCUCUCCUCUGGCAUCGUUUGAUGGGGAGCAAAGUCCUCUUCACAAAUUUCACUGGGACAAACAAUAUACGAGCUUAUGCUCACUGUUCUAAGCAAUCUAAAGGAAUCACAUUGUUAUUGAUCAACGAAGAUGCUGAUACUAGAGUUGAAGUCAGUGUUUCAACAGAAAAUCCUACCGGCAAUGGAACCUCAGUCAUGAAACAACAAGAACAAACUGAAAGAUUAAGUUUUGGUAGGAUGUCCAGAUGUUGUAAAAGAUCAUCAAAGGAUAUGAGAGAAGAGUACCAUUUAAAGGCAAAAGAUGGAGAUUUACAGAGUCAAGCAGUCCUUCUGAAUGAUAAAGUACUUACAGUAAGCUCAUCUGGGGAAAUCCCUACAAUGAAGCCAAAACAAGUGACUGUGUCGGAUCCAAUCAGAGUUGAUCCCUUCUCUAUUGUAUUUUCUCACAUUCCAAGCUUGAAACUUCCUGCCUGUACAUAGAUUAUUACCAACAAAUAGGGUGAAACUUGUGCAGUUUCUUUCAUAAAAGGCAUAUGUAAAAGCUCGGAAAUUUGGCAUAAUCAAAUGUAAACCGAAAAGGGCAUAAUAAGUAACAAAGACAAUUCCCUUUU